UCCCAACCCAUCUUAGAAACCAUCAAUGGGCGAUUUCUAUAUUGCUUGUUGCCUUGCGAGUCCCUGUCACACACCACUCACCACACAACACCCACCACUGCCUUCUCGUUCUAUCCUAGAGAAAUAUGUAUGUAUAUGUAUACAUGUGUUGCUUAGCUAAGAUGUACUCUGCUCGAUUCAAGCUGAAGCUAAUUUGUUGUAGCUCUGUCCUGGAUCCUGAGACCUUUGGGUGAUCGGAAUCGAUUCCUAAGUCGUUGAGAUUUUUUUCUCUUUGGCCUCUUCAAGUAUUGCAUAUAAGCAGUGUGAGAUUUGGAGGGGUUGUGUUGGGUGAUGGACAAGGUAUUGAUGGAUUUGAGGCCGGAGGUGGUGUUCUUGGGAAGGGCGUACACCAAACCGGUUAUGAAUCGCAUCUGUGGCUUAAGGUUCCCGCGGCAGUCGUGCAGCCAUGGAGAGAGAGGAUUUCUGGAGGUGAAGAGCUCCAACUCUAUCGCGACGACAUCAAGCGAAGGCAUAGAUUCAGUGGCCCCCAGAAUGUUGUUGGGAAAUGCCUCUUCUAAUACAAAUGGAUCGAGUAGUACGGCCCGUUUCUGGACAUCUCCCGAAGAGCACUGCGUGCUCGAGUCUUGUGAAGAUGAGUAUGGGGGAAUCAUUGUUAUCCCAGAAAAAUUACCUUGGAACACGAAUGCAUUUGCUUAUGUUCUCCAAGAAUCUCUUUCUAGCUGGAAGAUGAAGGGAAAGAAAGGGAUCUGGCUUAAGGUACCUCUGGGUCGCUCUGAGCUUGUUCCUAUUGCUGUUAAGGCAGGCUUCAAGUAUCAUCAUGCAGAACAAGCAUAUGUGAUGCUAACUUACUGGAUUCCCGAAGGGCCUUGCCUGCUUCCUGCCAAUGCAUCACACCAAGUUGGUGUGGGGGGUUUUGUGAUAAAUGAAAACAAUGAGGUGCUUGUGGUGCAAGAGAAGUAUUGUUCUUCAACAUCUGUGGGUGCCUGGAAAUUACCUACAGGGUUCAUUCAUGAGUCUGAGGAGAUCUUUUCUGGAGCUGUGAGAGAAGUCAAGGAGGAAACUGGUAUUGAUACAGAGUUCGUGGAAGUCAUAUCUUUUAGGCAUGCACAUCACUUGGCAUUUGGAAAAUCCGACCUGUUCUUCAUCUGCAUGCUGAGACCAUUAUCAAAUGAGAUAAAGAUAGAUGAGCAGGAAAUAGAGGCAGCCAAGUGGAUGCCUCUGAACGAGUUCAUGGAGCAACCCUUGAUUCAGGACGACAACAUGUUCCGAAAGAUCAUCGACAUCUGCAUCGCCCGGCUCGGGAAACGCUACUGUGGGCUGGCAGCUCACCAGGUGAUCUCCAAGUUUGAUGGGAGGUCGUCUUCCUUGUACUACAAUGUGGUGGAGCCUCAGGACUUCAACUGCCAAGGAGUCUGAGGCUGCAACAAGGAGGAUUCUGCUGGCAACACAGAACACAGAGAAGGGUGUAAGCUUCGUGGGUUAAGAUGAGAGGGUUUGGAGUCGAGGCAUUGAUCUGCUCGACCAUUAACGUCCACUUCUUUGUUGUACAUACGUAUAUGGUGCUGUAAGUUACUCCGUGUGCUGACUUGUGCACUCCCAUUAAACACAGUAAGUUUCUAAUGGAUGACGAGGAAUCUCCAGAUGCAUUAAUUAGCACCAAAACAA